ACUUUUAUAGUCUUCACUCUAAGUUUAAAGUUUUUCAAUACAAGAAACCAUGUCCCGCCUAGCAGCUUUACUGGUAGUUGCUGUACUUGCCACUUUGAUAAAGCAACCAGAAGCACAAAGUUGUUUACCCGGGCCACAAGUAUUCGGACAUAGUUUUUUUGGACAGGAAGUUUCUGGUGCCUAUAUACCCCAAGCCUAUAACUACAUGUUCAAGGAUAGAGGAAACAAUCGCCGUCAAGAAAUAAAUCUCAAUUAUAAUUAUACUGCCCCAGAACCCAUUACUGAAAUCCUUAUAUUUACGGAGAAUCAAGCAGAUGGGUCGAGUAGCGCUAGCAUACUCAAUGGAGGUAUAGGGCAAACAUGGGUGUCUAUGAGAGUAACUGGACGAAAUACUUAUUUCUUACGUUAUAUGGUUGUUAUAUUUUGUAAAGGCAGCAAAACCCCAGAGCAAGUACAUGGUAUUGAAUAAAUUUUCUUAGUUCAAAAUUUUGACAGACAUGGUAAGAUGGUGAUUAAUAAAUCUGUGGAAUUUAA